CAUCUGGGUUUUAAUCUGAUAGAUUAUUAGAAAACUAGAACUUUAGAGAACUGCAAAUAAAACUUCAAAUGCAGUUUGAAAUAAUUAACGUGCAUUUAUUAUCUUCCACAGGCUUAAACGUCUUAUCAUUCCUUCCAGAUAAUGGAUACUCAAAUGAAACUCACUAUGGGCGAGUUCAGAGAUGGAGAGACUGGGAUUCGGUGAACUGGGUCUAAGAAAACUAGAGUCAAGUUCAUUGCAUUGAAUGCAGCGUCCCUUGAGUGCCAAGGGAGAUGAGCAAGCACUGCUGAUGGUUCUUUAGAACUCUGGAUUCAUGCUGCAGUGUUUCUACGGGAGAACUGACAUUGGCUGGAAACCCUGAGGCAUGACAGGGACCCCCAAGGCCCACAGGAUAUGGCCUACCAACUAACUUAGAGGCGCGGCGGAAAGAAUGCGGAGUGACGAGCUGGCGGCGCCCAUGGAAGAUACCCGCGGGCCGGACGACGCGGCGGCGCAGGACGGCCCGUGUCCCGGCCUGGCCCCGGCGCCUCCCGGCCGCCUGGGGGCGCCGUACUGCGAGGCCUGGGGCUACUUUCAUCUGGCCCCCGCGCGCCCCGGCCCCGCCGCGGGCCAGUGGGCCACCUGCCGGCUGUGCGGGGAGCAGGUGAGCCGCGGCCCGGGCUUCCACGCCGGCACCCCGGCGCUGUGGAGGCACCUCAAGAGCGCGCAUCGCUGGGAGCUAGAAAAGAGCGCCGCCCGCCGCUCGCCGCUCGCCGCCCCUGGCCCGCCGCCGCCGCCGCCGCCGCCGGGCCCCGCCGCGGCCGCCGAGGGCGACUGGGCGCGCCUGCUGGAGCAGAUGGGCGCGCUGGCCGUGCGCUGCAGCCUGCGUGAGCGCGAGCUGGCGCGGCGCGAGGCGGCCGUGGAGCAGGGCGAGCGCGCCCUGGAGCAGGGCGAGCGCGCCCUGGAGCGGAGGCGCCGGGCCCUGCAGGAGGAGGAGCGCGCGGCGGCCCAGGCGCGGCGCGAGCUGCAGGCCGAGAGGGAGGCGCUGCAGGCGCGGCUACGGGAAGUGAGCCGCCGCGAAGGCGCCUUGGCCGCCGCCUCUGUCCCGCUGCAGACCCCGCUCAAAGAAGAGCCCGAGGGGGAGAGGGACGGCUACAUAAUCACCAAGGUCCUGCUGUAGGCUGUGGCCGCCUUCCGCCCCCAGUCCCUCCCAUGCCAGCGCUGCUCCAAGUGUCCCUGGACCGGCCUUACCUAGGACCUGAAUCUCAGGCCCGCCGACGUCUCCACCGGUGGGCCCUUGAGAAGCACUUCAGAGGCCAAAGCAAAACCAAAAAUCACUAACGCUCCGUGACACCCCCCCGCCCCCAACCCCGGGGGCCUGGGAGCACAAGCUCCAGUGGCCUCCCUAGCUCUUGGCCUUUAGUGAGCACCGGUGCAGGAGCUGGUUUUCCUCCAACUGCCUUUGGAAUGACAGCUCCAGCAACUUCGUGAGACUAGGUCACCGGAGCAGUCUUGUAGCCGGUGACUUUGAAAGGACAGAAACUUCCUCGUGUACCAAAGACUAUCCUACUACGUGCCUGUACACCAGCCAGGGCAACCCAGGGUGGAGGGUGCUUGGAAAUUAGGAUAAAGCAUUUUAUCCAAGAAGAGUUUUACUCACUUCCCAAUGAAUAAAUAAAUCUUUGGUAAUUGGUUUGCCUAGCAGGAAGUUCUGAAAAUGGGGCCAUUUAGCUUCCACAAUGGCUCUUUACCCUGCCCGCUCUAGUGCCUCAUCAGAGCAGUCUGGGAGAACCCCUAUUUACUCCACUCCCUAGCUUCCAGAUAGUACCAAGUGCACCCUGUCCUCACACCAGCUGUUUUCUUUCCGUUUCAGACCCAGUGCCAGCUGUAGUGAGUUUCCCAACUUUCCUGCCUCACACUCCCUUACUAGCAAAACAUGACCUCCUCCCUCGUUUUUAGGAAGAUAACUUGGUAUCCCACAUAUCUACAGUCCUCGCUUCUGGGCCACAGUAGAAGGAAGGCAUUCCUUCAAUCUGAGGCCAUCUCUGCCUCUUUAUCUGUUCUCAUCCAUUUCUCUUCCACCAUUACUGGACCUUUGCUCCAUUACUGUUUCUUCUUUCCUCUUAUUCCCUCCCUUCCCCAGACUAUGGUUCCUCAGUAACACCCAGUCUACCCUUGUACUAAAAAGAAAGACUCCCCAGCCUGGCUGCUUCCACUGAACACUAGCCAAGGGAGGCCUGGUUAUUCUUGCUGCCUAUACUUCCUCCCAUACUUCAGUUCUUCACUAGUGGUCAGCUUCCCAUCCUACCCUGGACCCUUAAGAAGCUGAAUAUGACAAUUUAUGUUCAGCCUUCAUCUUGCUAGUACAAUGAACAUCACAUAUACCCUCCACCUAGACUGAGCAAUUGUUAACAUUUUGCCUUAUUUGCUUUUUCGGCCUCUGCCCCAAACAUACCUCUCAUUUCAUCCAUUAGUAUUUCAGCAUAUAUAUCCUAAUAGCCUCUAAAGUAGUCCUUAAUCAAAAUUCUGCAAUUGUCUCAGAACUGUCUUAUCUUCUCUUAAAAAAGGGGGGGUCCAAUCAAGGUUCAUUAUUUUUUAUUACAACUUUGUCUCUUUUAGUCUAGAACAGCUCCUAUGACACUUUUGAGAGUUCCAGCCAUCUGUCUUAUAGAAUGUCCUUUAUUCUGGGUUUGUCUGAUUGUUUCCUUAAGUCAAUUUAUGUACUCAUUCUUGACUCAUCUACCCCUGUGCCGGUGACUCCUGACUACCUCCAACCUCGAGGUUCUUCCCAGUUCUGUCCUUCAUGUCCAAAUCCCUGCUGCAUAUCUCCACCUCUAUUUGUAUAUCCUGCCACUGCUGAUCCAAAGGGCAAAUCUAUUCCAUUCCACAUUCCCACCCCUUACCUAAUAACUAACAUUUACUGGGCUCUUAAAAUGUACAGCUACGUACUGCAUACUACAUGCAUUACCUCACUUUAUUCUCAUAGCAGCUCGCUAAGGAGGUAGUAAUGUAAUGCCCAUUUACAGCUACGGAAACUGAGAUACAGAGGCGUUAAGCAGCUUCUACAGGAUCACAGCUGGUAAGUAGUAGCGUUGAGAUCCAAAUCCAGUCUCCACCUCCAGACACGCUGUUCCUAGCUUGGUACUGUCUCCCUUGGUAGUCACUGAGCUGACACCAAGUUUCCUCCCUCUCAUUCCAGGUACUACUGUCAGUGAUAUUAACAUGCACUGAGCGUUCACCAUAUGCCAGAGCUGUGCCAAAUGCUUUACAAGAAUAACUGCCUACCAUAGAGCAACCCCAUGACAUAAUUAAUACUAUGCCCAUUUCGAAGAGGAAGAGACAGGCUUAGGGAGUUAAGCCAUGUCGAGGCAGAAUGUGAAUUGAACUCAUGUCACUGAAUCCCAGGUCCCUGAUCUACUGAGUCUACUUCUACAAAUUGUCACACCUGUCUUCCUUCUGAUGCCACCUGCCAAGCUCAGGCCUCCCCUUCCUAACACUCAAUUUGACCAAAGGGAACUGUUCUUUUUUUCUUUUUAAAGAUUUUACUUAUCUGACAGAG